AUCUAGUACUACGAUCAAAUCAAAAUCAUCCGAAGCACGAUUUCACAUCCUCAGACGAAAUCGGAGUUAUCUUUGGCAUAAGUUCUUUUAACCUGGGCUUCUAACUUGCCAUUUGUGAGAAAAAAGAUCAUAAACCGCCACAAUGAACAUGUUGGCUAAAGUAUUCCGAGUGCCAUCGGUGAAGCAACUGUCGGUUGCGGUGACCCCAACUAAAAACAUCGUCGGCAAGCGCGAUUUCACCAGAACAAUUUGGUACAUGUGCCGCUCAGAAAACAUCAAUGGAACGUCGUCGGUCUUUCCCAAAGAACUCUUGAAACCAACCAUCAGUUGUUCCUGCGGAUGUGCUGGUUCCAAGCAUAUCCACACCAAAGGCGAACGUGAGCUUGUUGAGUUUUUGACCGAAGAAAUUGUCGCCGAAAAAAAAGCUCAGAAGAAAAAAACCCUUCCCACUGACAUCGAUGGAUUCAAAGUGAAACUGAACGGAGCCGAUGUGGAACUUACCAAACAAUCCGACAAGGAAAAAAUCGUGGUUUCCUUCAACGUGAACCACACAGUCGAUGCUGAAGAUGAAGCAGAAAUCGAUCCCAACGCGGAUAAGCCAGAAUUUGCCGAAAUGCGGAGCAAACCACAGUUUGAAAUCGACAUUGUGAGAGGAUCCCAGACUUUAAGUUUUACUUGCUCAUUCCUCCAGGGCGAGGCACAGGAAGGCGAAUACAAUGAUGUAUUUGGUAUCGACGAAAUAACUCUGUUCGAAGGGGAAUGGAACGAUAAAUGUUAUGCAGUAGCAGGGGAUGUUCUGGACGGAUACCUGUAUGAUCUGCUCAUGAACUUCCUGGAAGAGAAAGGCGUCAGCAAUGAAUUUGCUGAGAAACUCUCCGAUUUCAGCACCGCGUAUGAACACACCGCUUAUAUAAGCUUACUGGAAGGUAUUUCCAAAUUCACCAUCGAAAAGAAAUAGAGUCGUACAUUUGUAGCAUUUAUUAAGUUGAUUUAAACCAUAUUUUAAAACUUGAA